AAAAGUUUCUAUAGGCUACGUACUACAGACGUUUUUUAGUACUAUUUAAAUAACCGUAGUUUCUUUGUCGUGUUGGUUUGCGGUGCGCUACUCCAAUUUUUGAUAAUAAAGACACCUGAAAAAAAAACACAUUAUCUUGGCAAAUGCUGAGCUAGGCCCUAGGCUUCAGCAGAAAAAUGUAUUCUCAAAAUACCAGACUUCAAUCUUCACUGUUUUUUGCAAAUCUUGCCAACGCUGAUAAGCUAUGGUCGGUGAAAGUUAGAAUUAAUGAUCAGCAACAGUGCGGAGCUACUCAGAAAAUGAGGCCACAAAUAAUGAAAUGCAGAGAGCUCAUCUUUACUGAACCUUUAGUGAUUGCAUCACCUUGUCUGAUGGAAGAUGGAUUUAUCUUUGUUGUGGUACAUCAAGGCUAUUGGAACACUGGUAUACUACAAAACCAUUUUCUGAAAAUGGGACUCAUGCAUGACAAUGCAAUACCAGUAACAAAUGCAGUGCUACAAGCAUGCCUGUCCUACACACUGAGAGCAAAGCUGGCACCACUGUGGAACAAAUCUGGUGACAUCUACAUUCAAGGGAGGGACUUUUUAUCCUCAUCAUCAAGAUGUAAUGCGUUAAGACUUGAGCUCACUGUCAGUAAGUCUGAGAUAUGCUUAGCAGUACAACCAAAGGGUAUCAGGUUGCCACCAUUUAGGCUCCAAGAUUUUCAAAUCUGCCAACCUAUUUUAAAUCAUUUUUCAAAGUCAAAAUAUUAUGUGAUUCAGGAAUUCUCCAUUGAUGAUAAAUGGUGCCAUGUUCUACCAAGCAUGAAGCUGGGUAAGGUGGUGAACAUUACCCGUUCCAUACCGGACACAAGUCCAUUUAAAUCUUACAAAGACAUCCGAAGAUACUGGAAGAAUACGUAUGGAUAUCGUUUGCCAGAAGAUGAAGAAGGAACUAUAUAUUGCAACAUUCAUUUCCCUGCCAUAGGACCAAUACUCUUUACAUAUCCUCAUUGGUGUGUGCGUAAGUUUGAUGUGGUUUACUUGCCACGUGUUGACCAUGAGUUGGUCUUGCAGACAUUUGUGAUGGAUUUCCAAAAGAAAGUGGGAUCAUUGUGUGGAUGUCAGAUGCUCCUGACCACAAAGCCAAGGUAUCCAGUGACAGGUGCGCAAGAGGUUGGAUCACAGAGCUUUCAACCAUUGGCAGCCAAUUUAACAACAACUCCAACCAUCUUGCCACGAGGUGUGCCACCCAUCAAGCCAUUGAGUGUUGAGACUUCAAACAGAACAACCACAAUAAUCACAGAGAUGAAUAUCAGUCAUAACAACACGUCACAACAAACAUACAGUAACAAUAGUGCAGAAGCUGCUGUUGUUUCCAAAUCAGCUAGUUAUGAUAGUCAUCAAUUGUCACAAAAAAUCAUACCCAUAUUUAGAUCAAAGAUCUCAAAGAACAUUUCAUCAAACCUUAGUCAGCAAGGUAGAAGUUGUUCGACCGUGAGCAGCACAACCUUAAACAACCCCAUCAUUCCAUUAUUCAAGCCAGCUAAAAAAUCGACAAGUGCUCUUAAAAAAUCUGAGUUAGUGAUUAAGUCAGCUCUACCCUUGAGCAAGUCAACUAAAGUCUAUCCAACUACAAAGCCAUCAUUCAAUCCGGUUAAAAAGUCUGUGACAUCAGAUACACCUCGCCGAUCACAGUUGGUGAAUAAUUCAUGUCAGUCCUUAGACAAGUCAACUAGGAUCAAUCCAACACUGUCACCAUUUCAAGGGAUUUCAAAGUGCAAUGCUUCUAUACAUACACCUUAUCGGAGCAACUCUAGCAGUGUACUAAACCCUCAACUGAAUACUGUUCCAGUGAUCUCAAGCAAAGCAGUGAAGAGGAAGAAAUUACAGGUCGAUGAAAACAGCAACACUCCAAAGAAACCCAGAGAGAAACCAAAGAUUCAAGAAAAUUUGGAUAUUCAAAAACUUGCAUUAGAAAACAAGCUGAGCAAAGUAAAUUCAUUGACAUUGUCUGUCUGGUUGAAGCAGAAAGGAAUCGCUGUAAAGAGUAAAGAUAAGAAAGUAGAUUUAGUGGCGAAAGUAAUCAAUUACAUCAAAACAGAAGAAUGAAUGGGAAAUGGAAGUAUAGUAUAUAAAAGUGUGCAAAUCCACUAUUCAUUUUAAUGAUUACAAAUAAGUAAAUGUUUAAAAACAGUUACAAAUAUAGGGAACAAAAUGUUAUAAUUGCACAGAGCAUCCCAGCAAAAAAAUCCUUAUUGUUCAAAUACAAUGAAAGUAUUUCUGGCAAGAAUUGAAGCUGUCAGGGCAAGCAUUAUGUUGCUAUACCACAGAAGCCUGUUGGUUUUACGAUAUACUCGGGCUAGCCCACCCUCAUAUAAAUGAUAUAUCCUUAAAUUGAAUGUAUGUUCUAUGCAGAAACCUAAUCAUUACAAGUGUAUGUAUGAAUACUAAAAAUUACAUUUCUGUAUAAUUAACUAAUUAGCUUAUUAAAGCAUGUGGCAUUAUUGUAUAAUUUUAGUAAAUACAAUAAUAAUUUAAUACAUUUACUCACCUGUCAUUUUAAAGCUUCUAAUGUGGACAAUAAUAUGAAUACUGUAUAUUAAAAAGUCAAUUUUUUUCAUUUGGUCACCGAUGCAUGUUUUGGCACAGCAAGCCCCAUAUAUUACUCAUUUCAUCAUCUUUAAUUACUAUUCACACCUCACUUUUAUUUAAAUAUAAUUGUCACUCGCAUUACAGUACUCAGUCUUAGCCCAACAGUCAUACUCACACUGUAGGUGGGCAAAGAUAUAUGAUAAUAUAUUGUACUUGUGUGUUAAUAAACAGUCAAUUCAAAGAAGAGAAAUAGGCUUGGAUAGCAAAUUUAAUUACGUCCCGAUUCAUGAUCAUGAUCUUUCAUACAGUGUGUUAAUGCACCUGUCACAUGACACAUAUGCAAAUUAACUGUAUGCUACUGAUAUGCUACUGAUAUACAUAAAUUCCCUUUUAAUAUUAUACUCAUAUGCAUAGCAGUAUGUUAUAUAAUCUUUGUAUUCAGCUGACAAUACUGCAAACUACAUAUGUUUUAUAUUAUUUACCUGUAAACAAUAUUCUUAUUUUUGUUCCUUUGUUUUCAGUACAUAUAGAUCUUUGUAUUAUUCAUAUUAUAUGUUAACUAUAAUUUGGCUUCAAUAUAUUUGUUGGCUUUGUGAUCCUGCAGUUAGUGCUGAUACACUGUUACAUUUACUGACACCAAUCCAAUUUUAGAUAUAAAUACACAUCCUCAAAAAUAUAAUCAAUCAGUUUACCUUGCACCCAAAAAUAUAUAAUACAUACAUAAAAACAAUAAUGCUUUACACAAAGAUACAUUCAAAACAUAAUGAUGGAAGGUGGUUAGAGUAGUCAUCAAUGAACACAGAAUCUAGACUGUUAUUACUAUAAUAAUUUCUUUCACAUGUUACAGCAAAAAAAAA